UCGUGAAAUUUUAUCUUAUAUGAAUCAAAAUUCCCUCACGGGCAUUGGGGGACUUGGUUCUGGACAACAACACGAAACUUCUGUUCAUCAUUCAUUGGUAAAUCAUCAACAACAAACAGCGCAUUUAAUUUCAAGCGGUCAUCAUCAGCAGCAUCACCAUACAACUUUUGUGCCACCUCAUUCAAUUUCUGGUGUUUAUUUAAAUCAAGCUUCUAAUACUAUGGCACAACAAAAUUCUGACCAACAUCAUGAAGGGAUUUAUUUUAAUGGAGGACAACCACGAAUUUCAGCAGGCACACCUGUCGGUGGAAGUGCGAUUCCAAUCCAGCAAACUAUGAGAAAUAAAAAGCUUCAAGUUGACGAUGCACUUUCAUAUUUAGAACGUGUUCGUCAGCAAUUUGAACAAACCCCUGUUAAGUAUAAUGAGUUCUUGGAGGUUAUGAAAGAAUUUAAAUCUCAUACGAUUGACACACAUGGGGUUAUUCUUCGUGUUACUAAGCUUUUCCGAUUCCAUCCUGAUUUAAUUGAUGGCUUCAAUACUUUUUUGCCUCCAGGAUUUGAGGUGCAUGUUAGUGGAGAUUUUACACAAAUUAGAGAACCUAAUGGAACUAACAAGCUGAUUAAUAAUGUCAUAGAAGUUGGUUCUGCGUCUGCCGGGGCACCUUUUAUUCAGCAAAUAAAUGCAAUUCCGUCUGAACAUCAUUCUCAAGUCCCUAUUGUUCCAAUAAAUCGUAUACCUGCUUCUAUUGUCGUUCGUCAUCAGCAAAGUCCGAGCGGUUUAUCUACAGUUUCCUCUCCAACUUUUGAAAGAGUUUCAUCACCUCAACAUCAAAUGGUUAUUGGAAAUGUUGCUAAUGCUGCUAAAAUUGUACAACAACAAUUUCAGGGUCAACCUGUCCAUAACUCCAAUAUUUCUACCGGAGGAUCUCAACAGAUUGGGGCAUCUUUAAUAAGCCCGACAACAGCUGCACAACAAUUACAAAGUAUUAGUGAACAUCAGAAUGCUUUGAAUGUUACUCAUCAAUCUCAACAACAGCAACACAUACAAUCUCAACAACUUUCAGUAAAUGGUCAACAACCCAUUCAUUUUGACCAAGCAUUGGGUUAUUUAAAUAAAAUUAAGGAACGUUUUGCUAAUAGGUCAGAAGUUUAUCAUCAAUUUUUGGCCAUUUUGAGUAAUUAUCAACGUGCAGAUGGGCCGCAGCGUUUAACAGAGUCGGGUGUUUACCAAGAAGUCGCAAAGCUUUUCCAUAAUGAAGAAGACUUGAUGAGAGAUUUUAAAUCUUUUCUGCCUGAUGCUAGUAUUGAAUUUCCCGUUGAUCAACAAGUUCAACUAGACCACCCACUACCAAUAACUGAGCAGCGUUCUUUGCAGCAAAAUGAUAUUGAAUAUGAUGAAAAUUUUGUCCAAGAAGGAUUUGUCGACUUUGUUCAGCUCGAACAAAACAAUUCAAACAAUAAUGUAGUCGACUCUAAUUUGACAACCAAUGCAGCUAAAAAACGUUCGAAUACAUCUGCACCUUCUGAAUAUUUGGCACAAAAGGUACAUGAUGCACUUCAAAGCGAACAAAUUUUUCAAAAUUUUCUCCAUCAUCUAGCACUUUAUACAAAAUCUAUAGUUUCUAAAGGAGAAUUACUUGAUUUGGUUACACCUUUUCUUUCUUCUCAUCCGGAGCUUUUGAAGCAAUUCAAAGAUAUACUCGGUGGUAAAAGCGGCAUAGCUCGCCAACCAAACAAACAGCUUGCAGUUGAAGAUCGUUUACCUUCUGAAUCUGCUUAUCAAAUUGAUUUUACUCAUACAAAACAACUUGGUGUCAGCUAUCGUUGUAUGCCUGCGGAUUAUGAAUACCCCAUCUGUUCUGGUCGAACUGAAUUAUGCAAAGAAGUAUUGAAUGAUCGUUGGGUUUGCUAUCCGACAUGGUCAAGUGAAGAUACCUCAUCUGUAACUUUAAGAAAGUCAAUUUAUGAAGAAGUUAUGUGCCGAACAGAGGAUGAACGCUUUGAAGUUGAUAUUCUUAUUGAAACAAAUUCAACGGCAAUUGACGCAUUACAAUAUGCAUUUCGUCGUGUUGAAACAAUGAGUAAUGAAGAAGCAAAAAAGUGGAUGCUUUCUAAUGAAAAACGUUUGGGAUGUUCUUAUACUGUUAUUUCUAGAGCUAUUAAGAAAUUAUAUGGUGAAUAUGCCAAUAAAAUAUUAACAGCUUUACGUGAAAAACCGCUUGUUGCCUUACAGCAAGUCUUAAGUAGAAUGAAAGAAAAGGAUAUAGAGUGGCAAGGUGUUCGGGAUGAAUAUAAUGUUAUAUGGCGUGAUCAGGUUGAAAAGAAUUACUUGAAAAGUUUGGACCAUCAAGCACUUACAUUUAAAGCGAAUGAUGUUAAAAAUAUUAGAAGUCGUGGUAUUAUAAAUCAAUUAGAAAGUGCUUAUGACGAGCGACGUGAAAAACUCGAAGAAGGCCGACAGGUUGAAUGGGGUCCACAUUUAUGUAUUAAAUAUUCAGCGGAUCGCCAAAUUUUUCAUGAUGCAAAUGAACUUUUACUUCAUUAUGUUAAAAGACAUCUGAAUUCGCGUGAAAAGAAAGGCAUUGAAUCGCUUCUUUUAUCAAUUAUUCCUCGUGUUUUCUUGCUUCAAGCAAAAUGGGAUGAUCAACAAUUUGGAGUGUCUUCCUCACUAUUAGAGAAGACAGCUGCUUCAACACCGAGGGAUGGGGAAUUGGAAGAUUCCGACAAGGAUGAUAAAUUUGGCAGAGGAAAUUUGUCAAAUAUUAUUUCUAAUAACGAACCUCAGGAAUCCCUUCUGGAAGGCAGAAAUGAGGAUAUUUCUCAACAUGAUGAGCAACAACAAGAACUCUUAUAUAUUCAAUUCUUUGGUACUAAUUCUUGGAUUCUAUUUAUUCGCCUCCAUGCAAUUUUAUGUGAUCGUCUAGCUACCAUUAAAAAAUGUACAGAAGAAUUAGUAGAAGAAUAUGACGAAGAAAUUAAAUUUCGUGAAAAACAAAGACGUGUUUACAAAAAAUAUGGGGAUAGUGAAGAAUCUCAUUUAUUAAAUGCUGUAGAUGUUCAUAAAGGAUUAAGAGAAUUAAAGAAACCAGUGCAAAAUCCAGAGAAUUUUUAUCAAAUAAUGUUACAGGAAAUGAAGAAUUUGCUUGAUGGAAGUGUAGAUGCAGCAAGUUUUGAGGAUACAUUAAGAAGUAUGUUUGACACUCGUGCUUAUAUUCUCUUCACAAUGGAUAAAUUGGUUAGUACAAUAACAAAUCAUCUCAAAAGUUACAUGUCUGACAACAUUAAUUUAAAAUGUAUUGAACUCUUUGAAAAUUACUUUAGAAAAAGAUUGGAGGGUGCUGAACAUGGGGAAUGGGCACAAAGAGUUGGUUCAGAAUAUGAAGCUUUAGCCGAAAAAUUAUUAAUUAAUCAAAAUUGUUACAAAAUGUUCUUUUUCAAUCGUGAAAAUCCAAUUGUGACAAUUGAAUUGAUUGACACUAAUGAACCUGGAAGUGGAUCGGAUAUUGAUGAUGAGCAAGAGGAAGAAGUAAAGGAAAGUGCUAAUGUUGUGUCUCUGCUAGCGUGGCCUGAAUUUCUUGAAAAACAUGUUGUGAAUGAUGUAAGUGGGGUGAAAGAUGAAGGAUUGGCAACAAAAAUAACAGGAAUUAAAAAAUGCAAAACUUACGUUUCUCGAAAUUUACGACAUCGACGACUAUUGUUACUCAAACUUUCUGAACUUAAAAAUUUACAAAAUAAUGAAGCUUCAUCAGAAAUAAAAUCAGAAGAAAAAAAUAUUACAAAAAAGAAAAUACCUCAAUUCUUUAUUAGUCGAGGCUUUUUUAAAUUGUUAAAUAUUCAAAAUCCUUUGAAAGAAAUGAAAUUUGAUAUGUUUUACGAUGGAGGAACUGAAACAGACAUAAUUAUAAAGAAAGGUGUUUUGGGGAAGAGUCUUCGCAAGAAAAAAGUAUUGGAUCGAAGAAGGCGCUGGAUAACUUGGCUAGACAAGAGACAAAGAGAUCAAAUGAUUAGUGCUCGUUGGCUUACUACUGGGUGCACAACAAAAAUUGAUUCCCAUCCAAGAUUUAGAUAUCUUAAAUUUACACGAUAUUCUUCAAGAUAAUUUUACAUUUUUUCAAUUUUAUAUUUUUGCAUUUUAAAAAAUAUUUUAAAAACAAAUAUGUAUGACCUUUAGUUUGUGAAAUUUAUAAUCAUUAUUUUUUCUUUAAUUGUACUAAUUUAAUGUUAGCGGCGCCCCCCCCCCCCCGGUUUUCAGUCAAAUAUACUGUUUUGGAAGAAUUUCUAUUAAAUCACCCAUUUUCUUAAAUUCUAUUUUUAAAACGGUCACCGUUAACAUUAUCUUAAACCUUAAUAAUUCUAA